AUGAGCACGACCAACGGCGAGGAGUGCAAACUGAUGCAUAACUCCCCCAGUAAAAAUAAUCACCUAAGCAAUGGCACCUGUUCAGCAAAGGAGAAAGAACCGAGCAAAAGGAAACAAUCAUUCAACGACUUCGAAUUGGAGAUUGACGAUGAAAUUAUCACCUACUUGUCUUCCCGCACAUGCAAUAACAAUGUUACACAUAAAAUACUGAAGGUGAAGAAUUUAAUAGAUGACCAGAUGUAUGACUACAUCGCAAACGGUCAGACGUCUGAGAUAAGUGAGUCUAACGAUGAGAGUGACACCCACGAAAGUGUGGAAAAGGUUCACUUAAAUUCACGUAAUGGUUAUGCGGGUUGUCAAAAUGGGGAUGAAUCUUCAUGCAACACCCUUUCGCACGAUCAGCCAGAAAGGGAGGCCAUAUCAUCUGAACAGGUGUCCACGUAUAAGCUUAACAAAGAUGCACAAGGGGAGAGCAAAGAGAAAGCAGAGCUGCAUUCGAAUGGGUGCACUCACUUUAACAAAAUAAAAAUGAUGAACCUGCUAGGUGAAAACACAAUUGUAUACAACACGAAAGAUUAUCAGAACAACGUACUCUUCCUAUCCUACGAUGAAAAGAACGAACAGUGCGAUGUGUGUGAUAGGUACAGGAAAAAUUACAUGUCCAAUAUGUAUCCCUCGAGUUGCGCUCACCUGCAGGGGGGAGACGCCAUCAACGGGGUUCCCACGAAGAAUGGGAUUGCAACGAUCAACGGCACAGUCGAAACCAACGGUGCUGCCCCUGUGAACGCACUGAGCGACUACUUCUUCGUGCUGGGGUCGACCUCCAACUCGAGGAAAUACAUUCUGAAGCAGAGCAAUUUGGAUUUCCUCUCAGUGCGUAUACACAUCGAUGAGAAAAAAAUCGGAUGCAGGAAAAGCCACGAUCCGCUCACCCUAACGUCCAACAUAGCAGUGGGAAAGGGUUUGAAGCUACUAAACAUGAUUAAGACGGAUAGUGCACUACACAAACAAAUUACAGACCUGAGUAAAGGUAAAAAAGUUGUUCUCCUAGUGGGAGAUGAAGUCAUAUACUGCAACAACAAAAUAUAUGAGAAACCAAAAAAUGAAAAGGAAGCUUCUAACUUCCUAAAAUCCUACAACAGCAACAAGUGCUACAGUUACAGUAGCAUCACGUUGAUCGAAUUAGAAACAGAAAAAAUUAUCACCGGAAUUGAUGAAUCCAUUGUUAACAUACACGACAUGGACGAUUCAGUGGUCAAGAAAAUCCUCGAUGAUUCUUCUAUAUACUUUUGCGCAGGGGCAUUGAAAAUUGAAAACACCCACAUGCACAAAUAUAUAAAAGUUAUAAAAGGGAAUAUUGACAGCAUCUUCGGGUUGUCAUUAAAUCUUCUCUUCCACCUUGUGAACUUUCUCUGA